UAUCUGGUCUCUCCUUCCUAAGUAGCAGUCCAACUAGGUGAUAAUUUGGAGUCGGUGGUUAUAACGCUUUAAUAGGAGACUUGCACUUUCAACCAUUAUUAUUCUCUCCCAUCUUUAUCUGUAUCCGUCCUUUGCUUUGCUUUGCUCCAAUCAAAUGGCAAUGAUUGCCGUGAAACUCUUUGUUGGUCUUCUGUUAUUCCUAUCUCUUCUCUCUCCUCUCACUUCCGCUGAAUCCACCGAUUUCGAGUAUUGCAAUAAAAAGGCCAACUACGCUGUUAAGGUCAGUGGAAUUGAUAUAACACCCUAUCCAGUCAGCGGAGGUAAAAAGACCACAUUCAGUAUCAGUGCAUCCACAGGUAAGAAUCUCACUGGAGGAAAGCUGGUGAUUGAUGUCAACUAUUUGUUCUUCCAUGUCCACCACGAGGCCAUCGACCUUUGUAAAGAGACAUCUUGCCCAGCUUCCGGUGAUUUCGUGAUUUCCCACUCACAAGAGUUGCCUGGAUUUACUCCACCUGGAUCAUACACUCUUACAAUGAAGAUGGUGGAUGACAAGAAUCAGCAACUGUCCUGCAUAAGUUUUGGCUUCAGCAUUGGGUUUAUAGCCGAGUCCCAGGCGUUAGCAGCAGAUAGCUAGGUGGUUCAAGGACCUAGUAACAAAUAAUGGUUUAUCAAUAUCGUAAUCAAGUGUCUUAAAGGAGUCUCUCCAAGCUUUUGCUGUUUCUGCUUUAAUGUAUAAUUACUUGUAUUAUCUGGUUUAUGUCUUUUUCUUGUACAUCUUUAUACAGUAAUAUCAGUGUUGCUGGUUUUCUCAGAAAUUCAAGUGCAGUCUGUUUCUUUA